UCCAUUCCGAGUGCUGCGCUUGUCACGUGUCACGCAGCCCACCAAUCAGCGUGCAGCAGAGCUGGCCCGGAGCGCAGCAGGCAGCGGCAGCGUCCUCAGACUCCAGGGCAGCCAGCCACAACUCCACCGACUCCGCCGAGCGACCGCAGCGGCGGCGGUGGGAGGGAUUGUUUUGGUUAAAGUUUAGGGCUUGUUGCUUCACGUUUCAGACCUGCGUUCUGAUAAGUUUUUUUUUGUUAAAUAUGUGUUGUGCCCUUUUUCGUUUGCUGCCCGGCUUUCCCCACCUACUCGGAGGAGAGACUCUGGGUGAAGCGGUCUAUAAAGCGGAGCAACUUUUCCCCGGCCAGCCAACGGGGCUGACCUAUGCUAAGCUAACCCGCUAGCCAAGAAGUCUGGAAUGCAGUCGGGGAGUUUGUGUUUACAGUCCACAAACCAGCAGGCAGACUUCACAUUUAGCGACUCCACUGCUACGAGCUGCCUGCCUGCCUGCGCGUCUGAACGGGACUCCAGCCCCGGGCAGGGUCUGCUUUUUCUAUCGGGUCGGACGGCGCAGGUGCACCUCCUGCGGCACCUGCGGGGACUCGGUAACUUCGCUCCGUCGGUACACGGCUAACUUCGCUCCGUUCCCCGGGACAUCGGGAUAUCAGUCGGCCGCUUCUAGGAACCACUUUAGCGGGUAAUGGUUAACUUUGAGUCGCUCCUAAUGGUCAGCCCGUGAAGCGGCGGGGUUCGCUGAGCCGUGUUUCGGCUAAUCUUAGCGAGCAGCCUCGCUAGGUUGCUCGUUGACCCUCAUACUUUUACCGGAGUGGCGACGUGGAGACUCGCUGGUAGACGCGCUCUCUCCCCCCUCCAGCAGGACUUUGGACACGGUCUGACGGCGCUGGGUGCUGCGGGGAGGCUUCCCCUCUUUUCUCUACGCUAAUGUGACAGUAUGAGUGUUUUAAAAAGUUACAUUUUACCCCUUUAAAGUUUUUUUUUUUUUAGCUCUAGAAGCUCUGCACCCUAUGGUGCCGCUACGGCCACCGAGAAAUGGAUGUUUCGCAGGCCGCUUUCCCAAGCGGUGAAGGGCGGCCGGGAGGCGGAGGGACCGGGGAACAUGCCUGGACAGAGUGCCCGGCCGUCCGGUCGUGGGCUCACUCUGCCCCGCUGUGUCCCACUCGGUCCCUGUGGACCGCCGCGUACGACUACGAGGCGAGCGGCGAGGACGAGCUCAGCCUCCGGAGGGGGGACGUGGUGGAGGUCCUGUCCAAGGACGCCGCCAUCUCCGGGGACGAGGGGUGGUGGACGGGCAAGCUGAACCACCGCGUCGGGAUCUUCCCUUCCAACUAUGUCACGUACCAGCCCGCCAUCUACCGCCUCCCCGCGGCCAGCGGGUCGGCGGGGGCGUCGGAGCGAGUCCCCAGCUCGCCCACGCGGAUCCCCUUCAGCGAGCUGGUGCUGGAGGAGAUCAUCGGCGUGGGCGGCUUUGGCAAAGUCUACCGGGGGACGUGGAAAGACCAGGAGGUGGCGGUGAAGGCGGCCCGGCAAGACCCGGACGAGGACAUCACGGCCACCGCUGCCAGCGUGCAGCAGGAGGCCAAGCUGUUCUCCAUGCUGCAGCAUCCCAACAUCAUCAAGCUGGAGGGGGUGUGCCUGGAGGAGCCCAACCUGUGCCUGGUGAUGGAGUACGCCCGAGGCGGGACGCUGAACCGGGCGCUGACCGGACGGCGCAUCCCUCCGCACAUCCUGGUCAACUGGGCCGUGCAGAUCGCACGCGGGAUGCACUAUCUGCACGAGGAGGCCGUGGUGCCCAUCAUCCACCGCGACCUGAAGUCCAGUAACAGUGAGUAG